AUGCAACUCAGCGAACUGGGUCGACCCUUCACUGGAGGCUCCUGGUGCGGAACGUCAUCAGGUCCAGCUGCCUACUACAGUGAAACGUCAACAAUAACAGUUACAGUCAAACUGUUUGGUUCAGCAGAAAUUCCAUUUGCUUUUCGUCUAAGAUAUAGGUUCUUCUCCAAGAGAGAAGCAAUAGUUAGGUUCGGUUCGCCGGUGUCUCCUUUAGAGAGAGGCCAGAUAGCUCCUGGAACUUAUUGUACUAGACAAUUCGAAGAGUGUUAUAGAAAGCCUUGUAGAUUACAAUCACCCAAUUAUCCUGGUAUGUAUCCCCGAAAUGUUUCGUGUUACUGGAGUUUAAGGCAGAAGUUUGUACCGACUUGUAAACAUGCUAUGAUUUCUGUGAGGCAGGAAGCUGUGCAUAAAAUGCAGAUGAAGAGAUCGAUCAAUGUUGCUGGCUUGAAUAAAACUGAAAGAGUGCUAAAAGCUUGGAGAGACUGCACCGGCGAGAGAGAUCAUCUGAUUUUUUACGACGGUGGUUCAACAAAUGACGCUGUAUUAGCAAAAUACUGCGGAGGUGACUGGCUUCCACGAGUUGUUUCUCGUGGUCCUGAAAUGUUGGUUGCUUUUCAUUCGUCCCCGUUUAGUAUACCGUUGCAUUCGCCUUCAUCUCAAUCAACUUUAAGAGGAUUUGAACUAGAUGUUGAGGUUAUUUUUGUAGACUCGGAUUCGCUAGAUUUUUCACGCCAUAAAGUAGACUGUGUAUUUCAUAUCAACGCUACUAGUCCCGAUAGCGACGAAAUUUGGACUGGUAGAGGCCGUAAAGGUAAACUUUUGAGUCCUAAGCAUUCCUUGCCACCAAACACCACUUGCACUUAUAAGUUUAGCGGAUAUCCCGAAGACUUAGUUUGGAUUGCCUUUAUCUCAUACAGCCACAAGGCAUUACUGGUCGGAGAAAAUGCGCAUGCUUUGCUCCGCAACGAUACGUCUAAUAACGGUUGUUCAACGAGGAUAAGUAUUUGGGAUGGGAAUAGAUUAGUAGAAGAUAGAUGUGACGAACCUCCCAGACUGUGUGACCAUAGCGCGUUAAGCAAUAAUACUAGAAUCACUAGACCUUGUUCAAGGGAGGAAAGUUACUUGACAGUAGAUAAGAGUUUAGUUAUAAGACAUUAUACAGAAGAUGGCACUGCCUUGCAUCCAGCAUCAUUUAAAUUAAUGUAUGAAUUUGUAGAUACUAAGUUAGGAGGAGAACCAUGGCCUAAAAGAUUUGAAGGUGGUCCUUGUCACAGAGUGUUCAAACAUCAGCAUGUAGGAGAAGUAACAUCUCCACGAAAUAUCUUCCUUUAUGGUAGAGGCGGUGCGAAAGACUUAGACUGCGUUUAUAGAUUCGAAGCUAGUGUCAACGAAAGAGUGCGAUUGAUUUUAAAUAAUGCUUCUUUUGGAGUAAAUCCUACCUGUGAAACUGUAAACGACCCUCAUACGGGAAGACAGAUAUGUGAGUAUUCAUCAGGAGCUCGUACUGCCGAACUGAAUAUAUUCGAAAAGCCUUGGGACGAUAUUAGAAUUCAUAAAACUUGUAUCUGUGAUAAUGUUACACUUUCAAACAAACCGUUGGUAUUCAUUUCUGCCUCUAGAGUCCUAGAACUCCAAUUUACUGCCAAAGAUAUGAACAUAACUGAAGACUUUACUUUUAUACAUUUUCAUAUUCUGUUUGAAAUAAUAAAAAUGGAUGAAUGUCCAAGAAAACAGAGGCUUAGGGGAUAUGGAGGCGACGUGCAGUUGCAUUCUCCUCCCUCUGAUAAUGACGACAGUUUAUGCCAAGGCAUGCCUUGGAUCGUAGAGGCGCGAUAUAAUAGAAGUUUGUUUUUGUUAAGUUGGGGAGCUUUUCUACCCUUAAAACCCCGACUAGAAGAAUCAACUCGCUGUCCCACUUCGAAUCGCAUUAUGAUAUAUUCAGGACGUCCUCCAAAAUUAGUACGAGUAGUUUGUCCAGCGGAACCAGGCACUCGUCCCCUAGCUGUUCACGUAUUCAGCGAAGAAUGGUGGGGGGAAGCCCAAGCUCAUAUUGUUCAACGACCUCCUAAUUUCAUGAUUGACUGGAUAGGAUCUGAGAGUGGAGAAGCAGCUUUUAGUUGGUUAGAAAUCUCCAGGUCUCGAUCAUCGCUCCUUCACCAACUGCAGGUUCCCAUAAACGCUAGCAGUAAUGAAACUGACUUGGAAUGUGCUCACAAAUGCCCUGAGUUAGAUGCUUGCAUAAGUUCAUCCCUCUGGUGUGACGGAAAAGACCAUUGCCCGUCUGGUUACGAUGAAUCCGAAAGCCAUUGCGGCGCCACUUCGAAGCUACUAAAUUCUCUACCACUGAGUGCUAUGGCUGCAGCAACAGCUGUGAUAUCUUCAAUCAUUCUUCUAGUUUGCUUAACGUUGCACAGGUCACGCGCUCGACGGAGACGAAGGCUGGCUAAAAAAAAGUUACUCACUGGUCCUAAAUUAUUGAAUUCUAGUAUAAGUUCUUGA